GGAAGUUUGCGAUUGCGCCCAAAUGUCUUGCAUAUGGUGGCGCAAAAUGCCGUGACAAUGUAAUUAAUAUGUUUAUUUUCUUUUUUUUAUAUGUAUAUUUUGUUUAUCCGUUGCCCCAGAGACCGUUACUCGCGGGAUAAAUCUAAACCUUCUUAAAGUAGUAAAUAUUUCAUUUAGCGACUUAUUUACAUAGUGUUGAUGUGCUGGAGUUUGCGCGAAUAUUUAGACAUUCAGUACGCUGUAAAAACGUUUUUAUCCAGCGCCAAAAUACUUAAUGAAACCUACGAAUACGAAGGUGUAAUCGUUGACAUCAAGGCAGCGACGAUGUGCGAUUAGCUUUGAACAAUCAAGUGUAAACAAAACUUGAAAAAGUGCUGGUUUCGUUUUAUAUUGUACCUCUAUUGUUUUUAAACAUAUCCUGCGAUCUUGUAUUUUUUUAGGAGUAAAAUGGGAGAUCGAGAAAGUUCAUCUUCUUCUGGGGCCAAUACCAUCAAAAAGAAGAAAGAUGAUAAGUACAAAAAGCGAGAUCCUAGGUUCUGGGAUAAUAUUAAAAAGCAAAUUGCGUCCAUGACGGAAGAAGAGAAAUUAGAUUUUAUUAGCGAAAAAUACAAUGAAUUGUACAAUGAACACAGAAAUUUGAAUACCCUAGUCCAAGCUAGAGAGAAACAGAUAACCGUUCUGCAAAAGGACCUCGAUCGUGAACAAGCUGAUUUAACAAAGGCUAUUCUGGCCAAAGGUCAUUUAGAAAGUCUUUGCAGGGAACUGCAAAAGCAAAAUAAGGCCAUAAAGGAGGAAAACAUAGCUAGAGUAAAAGAGGAAGAAGAAAGAAGACGGGAGGUAGCAAAUACCUUCACAGAACGUCUUAAUGCCUUAACAAAUUUAAUCACUGAGAGCAAAGACAAGUCUAACAAAGUAAAGGAAGAGAACCAAAGCAUGACGGAUAAGUUAAGUGAACUUUAUGAACAAUAUCAGAAGAGGGAAGACUACCUGGACAAUAUGGCAAAACAGUUAGAUUUACAAAAAAAAUUGGCCGAGUCUGCAAUCAAGAAAAACCAAGUGGAAUAUGAAGCACAGAGGCAUAAUUGGCUGGAAGAGAAGAAAGCCCUUGAAAAUAAUUUGCAGAUUGGAGAAAACCAAAUUAAAAUUCUUCAGGCUCAUGUUAAUUUGUAUAAAAGGCAAUAUGAAACUUUUGAAGCAACAAUGACCAAAAGCAAAAAGGUGUUUGAGGGUUUCAAAGAAGAAAAGUCAAAAAUGCAUAAACAGGUCACUAGUCUUGAAUCAGAGCGAGACGAAUGGCGUUCUCGGUGGCAGAACAGUGCAAAAUCAUUGAUUACACUUUCAGAGCAACACACUCAAAUCACGAAUGAGUUAAGAGCUGCUGAGAGUAAAAUAGCGCUUCUCCAAUCCAGUGAACCAAAAGCCACUGAGAAGAAGAUAACACUUCUGCAAAAUUUAUGUAGACAACUGCAAUUUGAGAGAGGCGUUUUUCUUCAACAAUUGAAGGAACAUAAUAUUGAACCCAAGCAUCCUGUUCUGGAGAACCAAGAACCGGAAGAAGCCUCUUCAGAAAUUCAACAGGCUCCUCAGCAAAGUGUAUCCUUGAACCAAGAGAUUCAGGCACUGAAAAUUGAGUUGGCUGAAACUGAUUCUGGCAACUUGGCGAAGCUGAAUGGAAGUAAUGAGAUGCCGUCUUCUCCCGAUUCAAAGGAAACAAUAGUUUCCCUUGAGCCAGAAACUAUAUGUCAGGAAGUUGCUAAGGAAUGUGAGAGUAAGGGUGAGACUAGACAUGAGAGUGAUGUCGCUCUGCCAUAGAAAUUAAAUGGAGUAAAAAAAUGUUUAAACAAUAAGUUGUCUACUUCUAGGAGUAUUUAUAUAAUA